AAAUGUGCGAGUGAAUGGGCGGAUCAUUCUCCCUCUAGAUUGAAGAGAAUCAGAUUGAACCGAUUUUAUUCCAUUCAAGAGUACCAGAGAGGAGCUCGACGUUCCUUGAAAUUCACUCGACGGCAAAUUAUCGACCUGCAUAUGAGCGGUAUGAAAGUGAACGCAAUCUCCAAAGCCUUGUGUAUUUCCCAUGGUUGCGUCAGUAAAAUCAUCAGCAGGUAUGAUCCCGUGACAUUUCAUAAGGUGGAGAUAGUAAAUAGAAGGAUUUUGCACACAUUUUUACAGACAUUUGAAGAACUAUUCUAUCAGUUGGUAAACUAUCAGUCUGACUAG